AGAGCUAACCAUCUGUUGGUCGGUAUGAAUAAAGAUAACGACAAUGCGAUGUCUACUCUGGAGGACAUCGCGGAUGUGAUCGAUGUCACAGACAGUGAUGAUGGUGUCGAAGAUGUGCCACAAAAAGAAACUGAUAAUCAAAUGAAAGCUAAGACUUUUGAUGAGUACAAGAAGUCAUUGGAUGGGCUCAGAGGUGUUGCCCAAAGUGGGGGUCGAUUUGGAUACCCAGUUCCCAUGGGAACUAAUUGUGUGGACAAAAGACCCGAUAAGUCGAUUGAUGAAUAUGUUAAAGCACUGUAUGGCGGGGUUACCACCGAUGGCAACAAAUAUCGAUCCAAUGAUAGCAAGUCUGUGGACAAGAAGUCAGAGAUGACUACAAGCAUUGAAGUUAUCGGCGAAAUACCUGUGCGACCAAAACUUGUCGACUCAUCUGCGGACAAAACAGUGUCCUAUAACACUAAGGGAUUGCUGGAUGAGUUUGGUCCGCUGAAAUCAACCAGUGGCCGAUCACCAGAAUUACCGCAUAUCGACCGAUACCGGGUCAGUUGCCAAGGGCCCUUUGACCAGGACUAUAUGAGCAAUGAUAUGAGAGACAAUUACUUGAGGAAUAGUUAUCCGGUGGGGCCUACCAUUCACCCCAAGAUGCAAUAAAAUGAUUGACAUAUCAUUAAAACGUGAGACAACUGGUUAGGAUUUGAAUGGAAAUUAGGAUCCCUUUUUGAAUGCUAAUUGCUAAUUACAAAUUGAUUAAUUAAUUUAACGACUAAAUUUAAUAAGUAAAAUUUAAACAUUAAACUCAAAUUGUAUUAAACGAAG